AUGCCAAUUAAGCGUAUAGAUGUGAAGAGAAAGAGAUACCAAGAAGCGAAAGAAUUUAUGAAUAUAAUAUGUAAUCAUAUCGAUAAGUUAGGUCCUUUUAAUUAUGAUCAUCCCUGUUACCAUCAACCCUGUCUGGAGGCAAUACGUCAAGAUGCUUACGAGGUUGUUGAUGAGAUUCUAUCUAGGUCACCGGGUUUGCUACGAGGUAGAGAGUAUUCAUUUAUUAAGUUAGCAGCAUCAAAUCGUGCUGACAAAAUCUACAACCUUAUCUAUCACUUGAAUGUUAGAAUGGAUGAAUAUAGAAGAUAUGAAGAUAACGAUGAAAACAACAUCUUACAUAUGGUCGGGAAGUUGGCACCUCAACAUAUACUUAGUCAUACUACAGGUGCAGCAUUGCAACUACAACGAGAGCUUCAAUGGUUCCAGGAAGUGGAGAAGCUCAUGUUACCGAAAGAUCUUGUGAGCUAUAACGCCAAUAUGGAGACACCACAAAUGGUGUUUUCUAAUCAGCACGCGGCAUUGGUGAAGGAAGGGGAACAAUGGAUGAAAACAACUUCAGAAUCAUGCAGCAUAACCGCUGCAUUGAUUGUAACAAUUGUAUUUGCAGCAGCUAUUACCGUACCCGGUGGGAACGUUCAAGAAACAGGCAUUCCUUUAUUUAGGAAAGAAAUCGCAUUCAUUAUCUUUGCAGUAUGUGAUGCAAUCUCACUAUUUUCAGCUGCUAGCGCACUGUUAGUGUUCUUAUCAAUCCUUACUACACGUUUUGCGGAAAUGGAUUUCUUGGUCAGUUUACCCAGACGGUUGAUUAUUGGUCUUUGCGCGUUAUUCCUCUCUACAGCUUCCAUGAUGGUAGCAUUUAGUGCAAUUUUGUUUCUAGUCUUUUGUGAUCAAAGACCAUGGAUGCUGGCACCAAUAGGUGGGUUAACGUGUAUGCCAAUUGCAGUUAUUGUUACUCUACAAUUGCCGCUCUUGGUUGACUUGUUCAAGUCAACAUACAUCCCCAUCUUUGUUACAUACUCCGAUGACCCACAAGUCCCAUGUUAUUUCAUAUUUGGAGACUCAUUGGUCGAUUGCGGCAAUAACAAUCCGCUUGACUCAGGAUGGAAAGCCAACUAUCCCCCUUAUGGGAUCGACUUUACAAAAGGCCCUACUGGAAGGUUUUGCAAUGGUCGAACUACAGCAGAUCUUAUUGGUGAAUAUCUAGGCUUUGAUGAGUUCAUUCCGCCAUAUGCUACCGCAACUGACAAACAGAUCAGCAAAGGAGUAAACUAUGCCAGUGGUGGUUGUGGCAUUAGAAAGGAAACAGGUAGUCAUAAUGGUGGCCGGCUCAGUUUAGAUAUACAGUUGAAUAAUCACAAUUCAACAAUUUCACGCAUUGCAACCAUUUACAAGAACACGACAUUUCUUAAAGAAUGCAUAUAUCUAGUGAAUAUCGGAAGCAACGAUUACAUUAACAACUACUUCAUGCCUGAACAUUACAAGUCGAGACAUGUCUAUACUGAAGAUCAAUUUGCAAAAGUUCUUAUGAAAGAAUACUCUCAACAACUCAUGAGUCUGUAUAAGUUGGGAGGUAGGAAAGUGGCUUUGUUUGGCCUGACUCAGAUGGGAUGCACACCAUAUAUGGUAAACAAGUUUGGGACGAAUGGGAAACAAUGUGUGGAGUCGGUAAAUGAUGCUGUUAAUUUAUUCAAUGCUAUGUUUAAACCUCUUGUUGAUAAGCUCAACAAUAAUAUAGCAGAUGCAAGAUUCACUUACAUCAACACUUCAGGAAUUCUAUAUCCACAAGGAGAAGUCGGAAUGCGAACACCUCCUUGUUGUAAACUAGGUGGAGAUUGGCCAUGCGCUCCUAACUCAGAUCCUUGUGCAAUUCGGGCACUGUCAAUAUUUUUUGAUGCUCUUCAUCCUGCAGAAGUUUCUAAUAUUGCCAUGGCAGCAAGAGCGUAUAAAGCACUUCUACCUACUGAUACAUACCCUCAUGAUAUAAAGCAUUUGACGACUUUAUCAUUGAACAAGACGACAUGAUGUGAACAUC